CAUCACGUAUGGCCUUCAAUCGAUGAAUCGAUUGCUUGGCUAAUUGUCUUCAUUAAGUUGUCAAAACCGUCAUAAAUGAUGGCCUAUAAAAGGUGGUUUCCUCGAGAGAAGUCCCAUAAUCCCAGCACCAGUCUGUUAGAAAGGAAAACUCUUUGGAGAGACCAUGUCCGAGGGACCCUUCGAGCGCUACUGCAAGAUCAACCGGGCCAUUCGCUUCUGCGUGGGCCUGUGCGGCAACGACGUCAUUGCCGAGGACUAUCGCAUGUGGUGGCUCACGUACGCGGUGAUCGGGGCGAUACUGUUCUUCUUCGGCUGCACCGGGUACACGGUGUACGUGGGCGUUGUGCUGGACGGCGACCUCACCGUCAUACUGCAGGCCUUCGCCCUGGUGGGGUCCGCCGUGCAGGGCCUCGCCAAGCUGCUGGUCACCGCCCGGAUGGCGUCGGUGGUGCGCCAAAUCCAGGCCACGUACGAGGCCAUCUACAGGGAGUACGCGCGGCGGGGCGGCGACUACGGCAGGUGCCUGGAGAGGCGCAUCAAGACCACGUGGCACAUGCUCAUGUCCUUCAUGUGGGUGUACGUCGUGCUGGUGGGCGGGCUGAUCGCCUACCCGUUCUUCCAUCUGAUCCUCCACCACAAGAAGCUGCUGGUGAUGCAGUUCCGGGUGCCGUGGAUCGACGAGAGCACGGACGGGGGCUAUCUGGUGCUCAUCUCGAUACACGUGAUGCUCUUGUCGAUGGGCGGAUUCGGCAACUUUGGCGGCGACAUGUUUCUGUUCCUGUUCAUCAGCAACGUGCCCACGCUGAAGGACAUCUUCAGCGCGAAGCUCAGGGAGUUCAACGAGGUGGCUGUGCAGCGCCAGGACUACCAAAGGAUGCGCACACUCCUGUGGGAUCUGCUCGCCUGGCAUCAGCAGUACGUGAGGUGGGUCUGGGUCACACUUUUUGGCUGCAUUCUCCCUCAACUCGUUCCCCCUUCCCGUCUAGCAUUCUGCGGGACACGGAGCGCAUCUACAGGAUCGUUUUGUUCGUCCAGCUGUCCACCAACUGCGUGAGUAUCCUCUGCACCAUAUCCUGCAUCUUCAUUGGCGCCUGGCCCGCAGCCCCCAUCUAUCUGGUGUACUCCUUCAUAGUCAUGUACUCCUUCUGUGGCCUCGGCACCAUCGUGGAGACUUCGAACGAGGACUUCAGCAAGGAGAUCUACGCAAACUGUCUGUGGUACGAGCUGCCCGUCAAGGAGCAGAGGCUGGUCAUCCUCAUGCUGGCCAAGUCGCAGCACGAGAUCUCCCUCACCGCCGCCGACGUGAUGCCGCUGUCCAUGAGCACGGCCCUGCAGCUGACCAAAGGCAUCUACAGCUUCAGCAUGAUGCUGAUCACGUAUCUCGGCUACGAGAGCUAGAUUCGAGGCACAACGAGAUGUUUGGCUGGACAAAUUUCAUGGAAAGCGGUCCGUUUUGGGACUUAAAUGCACCCUCUCUGAGGUCAUAGGUUA